GAGAGUGGGAAAAUAAGUGAUCUUACCUAACACAAACAAGAAGGAAGCAGAUAGAAAGAAAAGGAAAGAAAGGAAGACCGUGUAUUAUUUUUUGCAUUUAAGCCUCUGGAAGACUCCCAGACCAGCCACAAGAGGAGUGAACUCUCUCCGCCUCCCUAUUCCCUCCCUUUACUCUCCUCCUUUGCCUUAUCCAGCACUCUCAGCCAUCCAUGAGUGUGACCAACUCCUCUGCCUAUCGAUCGGAGCGCAGUUUCCACCAGACUUCAUCCUCGUCCUCGUCCUCAUCCUCUAGUAACCCAUACAUGGAGAAGAGCCGGGGACUGUUCACUGAGGACUUUGGCUCCUUUAUGAGGCCUGGGAGUGAUGCCUUAGGGUUUUCCAGUGGAGCUGGAAAUAUCAAGGCCCUUGGGGAUUCGUACCAAUUCACGGUUGACGUGCGAGACUUCUCCCCUGAGGAUGUCAUCGUCACCACAUCCAACAACCAGAUUGAAGUUCAUGCAGAAAAGUUGGCCCAGGAUGGUUCAGUGAUGAACACUUUCACACACAAGUGCCAGCUACCUGAGGAUGUGGACCCCACAUCAGUGACAUCAUCACUGGGUGCCGAGGGGACCCUAACAGUCAAAGCACGGCGGCACCCGGCCAAACACGAGCUGGUACAGACCUUCCGCACCGAGAUCAAGAUCUAGAGAGAGACCCACUUCCUCAUCACAAAACCUCUCACCUUUUUGCAUUUUUAUGCUGCGUCCUCUAUUUCCUGCCUUCACUGAAACCAUUCUACUUUAAUCACAGAGUUGGCACUGUGCUCUAUAAAACAUGCCACGUCCUCCCAUGACUACAACAAGGCCUGUUGCUGCUCAUUUAGCUAUAUUCAGUUAUUUCACCAGCAGCAAUAGGUCAUACCUGCACAUAACAUAUUGAGACACAGGGGCUUGGACAUGUACAGCAUUUGGACAAAGACACAGAAAUUAACUGAUCAGUUCACUACUUCACUCCUUUCUUCGAACACAGUUCUAAAAACCUUUGCCACGUUAAUAAUAAUUUAUUGUAUAUUAUUAUUAUUUGUGUGAAUAAAAUUAUCCUGCUUUGACAAUAAACAUA